AUGUCAAACGGUGCACAUUUCAAGGUAACCGGAAAGGUGCAACUGAAUGUGAAAAACUUAAGGAUGGGCAACGAUAUACCGCAGAAGCCAGCCACCAGCGACGAUGACUCCAAACCAUCUGCUUUUGUCAUUGAAACAGAUUCACUGCCAUUCACACAUGCAGCAUCUGUUGUUCACAACAUGCACAAAGACAUGCACAAAAAUUAUCGGUCCAAAAUCAUAAUGAGACCCAUCGCUACCAGAAGUCCACCGAGUUGCUCAUCCGUAAAAUGCCCUUCUAACUUAGUCUACGACCGAGACAGUGUACUGAAAGCCGCAAAGCCGUAUAGAGAUGGCAGCUACAGCAAAAGUACUGUAACGCGUCAACGCACGAACGGAGACGAUUGUGGUUUGCAGGGAAAGGGAACAGUCUGCAACCACCGACAGCAGCUGCUCAAACUGCUCGAUGAGGUGACGCAUGUCCCGUUGAAGCCACAUCAAAGAAUGGAGAUCACGAGGAACUACCUGAUACCGAAGCGCUCGUGUUCGGUCAAGUUCACGAAAACUCGCUCAAAAGACUGGACAAUUACAUCGGACAAUCUAUUCGUGGGUGGUUAUGUCUACCGAGGCACGCCCCAAUCUGCCACAUCCACACCAGUAAACAGCAUGGAGGGCUUGGUUUCCCAAGUCUGA